AUGUCAAUUAGCAGUGAGAUCUGGAAUCUCUGCGCUACGGAAGGUAAUCUUGAAACGAUAAAAUUUCUUCAUAACAAUAAUGCUGGGGGUUGUACACCAGAAGUAGUAGAUUUAGCUGCUAAAAACAAUCAUUUAGAUAUUAUCAAGUACUUAAGAGAAAAUCGAUCUGAAGGGUGCACACCGUACGCGCUCAAUAAUGCAAUUCAAGGCGGUUAUACAAAUAUUGCAUCUUACUUGCUAGAAAACUUCGAAGUUUGUUUUAAUUUGAGCGAAGCUGUUGAACUAGCAGCUGAAGAAGGAAACCUAGAUAUUAUCGACCUUCUCGUGGUGCAUACAAUGAAACACUUGAAUUUGUUUAAUUAA